GAGGAGGAGGAGGUGGAGGAGGAGAAGUGAGGGAGAGAAGAGAGUCCCAACCCCAGAGCUUCAAAACAGCCCGGCGGCCUCGCCUCCAGCUCCAGCCCGUCCCGGCCCAUCCCGCUGCCAGCCCCGCCGGCCCCUCCUUUGCUACAGAGAAUCCACUUAUGCUGGGGGCUUUCAAACAUUAGUCAAUCAACAAGCUUUUAUGAAAUACCUACUGAGUUACAAAUACAAAAGAAGAAGGAAGGAAUGAAGGAAGGAAGAAUCUCUACUUUUAAGAAGCUUACAUUCUAUUUCUGCCAGCUUUGUGUGGAUAUUAAUGGAAUCCAGUGGAAUGUCCCUUGUUUUGCCUAAAUUUUGAAGGGGAUCUCCUCCCCCACCCUUACUGUGAGAAUGUUGGUGCUUCUGGCUUUCAUCAUUGUGUUUCACAUCACCUCUGCAGCACUGCUGUUCAUCGCCACCAUCGACAAUGCCUGGUGGGUAGGAGACGAUUUUUUCACAGACAUCUGGAGAGUAUGUCACAACAACAACACCAACUGUACAAGCAUUGAUAACACCUUUGAAGGUUAUCCAACUAUCCAAGCUGUUCAAACCACCAUGAUCCUCUCCACCAUCCUUUGCUGUGUAGCUCUCUUUAUCUUUGUGCUCCAACUCUUCCGUCUGAAGCAAGGAGAGAGAUUUGUCCUUACUUCAAUUAUCCAGCUACUGUCAUGCCUGUGUGUCAUGAUUGCUGCGUCCAUUUACACAAACCAGCACGAAGUAUUACAUGUCGACAAAGAGCAUUACCAAGGCACUUCUGAUGGGAAAUAUGGCUACUCCUUCAUCUUGGCCUGGAUUGCAUUUGCCUUUACUCUGAUCAGCGGCAUAAUGUACCUAAUACUGAGAAAGCGUAAAUAAAACUCUGGAGCUAACUUUCCAUCACUAUAGUAGAGAACCCAAAUUCCAAUAACCAAUUUGUAUAUAAUCUUUUUUUUUUUUUUUGGUUUUGUAGCAAAAGUAUUGUUUAUUUGAAAAGUGAAAAAAAAAAAGGAAAAAAAAAAAGUUCUGCAUCCUUGGUAU